GAACAAGAGUAACCAAUCGAGCAUUUUGACCCCAUCUCAGGCCCAUAUAUGAACGGCCUCCCGGCACACAGUUGUUACCGGUGAAGUUUUAACCGUUAGAAAUUUCCGAUUUACUGUUCGUCUGGAACUCCAAGGAGAAGUUAAAUCGGUGUUCUACGUAGCUGUUGUACCCUAUCAAUGGGUGCAUCCGAAUCAGUUCUCUCCACCUCACAUAGGCCAAUUGAUGAGAUCACCACAGUUUCUGAGCGUGUAGAAGGCGUUGAUCCUAUUUUGGAGAGGCUAAAAUCUCUCCAAAUUGCUGCUCCAAUACUAAAAUCGCCACCAGCUGAGAGUAGCCUGACUGAUAUUCUGGUGAGAAAAUCAUCGUCCUCUUCGAAUAAAGGUUGCGUAGAUCCAAAAGUUCUACUUGAGCUCUUCUCUGUAUAUCGCCAGUGGCAAGAGGAGAAGGCCCAGAAGAUCUGUAAAAGACAGGAAGAAAUAGAAAACAAAAUAGAAGUUGCAGAUGCAUUGGCUGUUAAGCUUCUUCAACGUUUCAAUUACUCUGUUUCUGCAAUGAAAACAACUUCACAGCAUCUAUCAGAAGUACAUGGUUUGCAAGUUGAACUUGGGGUGUUAAAAGGGAGGUUGACGGAGGUAAUCAGUAAUUGUGAUGCAUUGUGCAAGAGGAUUUCUGCAGAGGGACCAGAAUCGCUUCGAUCAUCUAUCAAACCAUUUACAGCAGCUUCCUCUGAUACAGGAAGCAAUAGCAGUAGCAUACAUAUUGUGCAAGCUGAAGCAGAUGAGAAGCAAUAGUGCAGAGGCUGGAUCGGAACUUAUAACAUAUCUAUCCCCAGUGUACAUAACCUGUUUGAGCAUCAUGACCCGUAGUUUAUCUUCUGUCCAACUGGUCAAGGUUUCAAACACACUUGGAAAAUUGUUGCACAGGAAGCAUAGUCAGGAAAUUAAUUGCAUAGGAAGCAUGUGGAUCGACUUCUCAGCUAGUAUUGACUGCUCAUUCAUUGGCACUUGAAAUGUCAGAGAGUCAUAGUGUUGAUGCUUUAUUUAAUUUUUAGUUUUUAUUUUUAUUUUUCUUCUUAAUUUUGAGAUAUCUCCUUCAUAUGGACAUUCAGGAGUUGUGUGGAUUUGAGAAUUGAAAUUGGCGGUGAAAAAAGUUUAAAUAGAUUAGUGUGUUGAUUCU